AUGAAUCUCAACCAAAUAACCCUCCCCAGCACCUCAAUCCCCACCUCAAUAAUCUUCUACCGUACCCUCGGCCUACAACUAAUAGUCCACACCAGCGACGACUACGCGCGCUUCAUCGCGGGAACCUCCACAUUCUCUCUCCACCGCGUAGACGCUGUGACAAACGGCGCAUGGGUCUAUUUUGAAGUGGCAGAUGUCGACAAGACGGUUGCGGAGCUAGAGGCGAAAGGUAUUACGAUUACGGAGCGUCCGGAAGAUAAGUCGUGGUUGUGGAGGGAAGCUCGGGUUAGUGAUCCGGAUGGGAAUGUGGUUAUUAUAUAUCAUGCGGGAGAGAUGAGGGAGAAUCCGCCGUGGAGGCUUGAGGAUGGCAAGAAGUGA